AGCCUGAAAGGUGAAUCUUUGUCAAAACCAGAGACGGGGGAGGAGGCAGUUUCAAAUGCACGAUAUGCCAUUCAAUUGAUCGAAGUCGUAUCUGAUGUAUGCCGUUUAUUGUUAUUAUUAUUAUUAUUUGUCCCUCACGCUUUGCAGAUUGCCGUGGAACUGGAUCCGGUCGCGCAUCGGCACAAUAUUUUCCACUGUCCGGUUAUCAAAGAAGUGACCACCGCUUCAAACGGCCCCGUUCGACUUACUUGUGGUCAUGCGAUCUCACGCGACGCGUUCGAGUCGCUCCCGAGUAGUGAUCGAAGGUACUUUUGCUUACGUGUGUCUGAUGCAUCAUCAUCACAAUUUUUGCUUCCACCCGAUGAGCGUUCUGUUCCCAGACUCACUCUAACUGUUUCAGUUUCAGUUGAACACAAUCAUUAA